GAAGUCUCCGCUCAAGAUGCCAAAUCUUCACCAUCAGAAGAAAUUAGUAGCAAGGAUAGACCUUUCAUUACGCAAAGUGAAAAACCGGAUGGUCUAGAUAACGAUAAGAAUGGAAAAAAAUCUAAUUUUGGUUUUACAAAAGAACAAACAGAAAAACUUAAAGAAACUGAAGAAAAGUUUGAAUUCCAGACCGAGGUUAGUCGACUGAUGAAACUUAUUAUCAAUUCGUUGUACAAGACACGUGAAAUAUUUCUUAGAGAACUUAUCUCUAAUGCUUCCGAUGCAAUUGAUAAAAUAAGAUUUUUAUCUCUUACCGAUUCUAAUGCUUUAAAAGCAAAUCCGGAUUUAAACAUCACAAUAUGGGCUGAUCCUACAAAUAAAAUACUAACAAUCUCUGAUAGUG